AAUGAGCAUCGCCCUCGUCACACUUCAGCACUUGGUCUUUGCUCCUUCAGCAGUGCCCAGGUUAAUGCUUAAUCUACCUACGGAGCCAUAAUUGUUGGGACCAAGCCCCGUUUAUGAGGUGGCUGUAUCGUGGAUGCCUACAGAUCGGUGGGAAAGACCAGAGGCAGAUCAGCUCAGAGGCUCUUCUCCAGGAACCUUCAAGGCUGACCAGAAGAAACCGCCGAAAUGCCACCAAAAACCGGCUUAUCCAAACUCUUUGCCGUUGCCUUCAUCGUUCUGACCGCCGCUGCCAUCGCCGGCAUGGUCGCUAUGCUGAUCGUAUACAAAACUCAAAUCGCUGAGAUGAACCCGACGCCUCGUCCAACCAUGCCGUCCACCACCAUGGCCCCACCGCCAGCGAUGCGCCUGCCAAGGAACCUGCUACCCGAGAGCUACAACAUCUUCAUCCAGCUUCAACUGUACAUAAAAAUCAUCGAAGAGGUGAACGUCACCUCCCCGAACCAGACUCUGCUCUUCUCCGGAAACUCUACCGUCCACUUCCACUGUGUGGAAAGAACGAGCCGCAUCUACCUCCACAGCAACGGCCCGACAGUGUCUGCUCCACGUUUGAUAGACAAAGACACAAACGAGCUGGUCAAGAUCGACAGAUACCUGCAUCACGAAGACGAGAGUCAUUUCUUAGAGCUUCAGUUGAGCGAAUAUUUAGAGGCAGGAAGGAACUACAGUUUGUUUCUGGCUUUCGAGGGAGAAAUGUCCGAGAACCUGGAGGCCCUCUAUGUCAGCAAAUACGUUGAAAGUAGGCCUGCUUCGGAAAAUGAAACCAUUGCGGAAAGAUUUCUAGCAGCAACAAACUUGGAGCCAACAAACGCGAGGAGCCUGUUUCCUUGUUUCGACGAGCCGGACUUUAAGGCUGUUUUCUAUCUGACGGUCAUCCACAGACUGGAGACUACGGCUCUGUCAAACGCACCUGUUUCAGUCUCCAAUAUUAUCGAUGAAGAGUGGAAGUACACUCGAUUUAUGGCAACACCCAGGAUGUCCAGCUACUUGCUUGCCUUCACAGUCUCAGAAUUCACGGCAACAGACUCCCCAAACAGUCGUAUUGUCAUAAAGACUUACUCCCGUCCUGAGGCCACCGCAGCUGGACACGCCGUUUAUGCCGCCAAAAUGACACCAAAGAUCCUGGAGUUCUACGAAAACCAUUUUGAUCUUCGAUAUCCAAUGAAAACACUCGACCAAAUUGCUCUGACCGACUUGGAACCUUUAGCGAUGGAGAACUGGGGACUGAUCACCUACCAAGAAGGAGCUUUGCUCUAUCAGGAAGGAGUCUCGUCGUGGCUGCACAAGGAAGAUAUUGUUCACAUCAUUUCUCACGAGCUGGCACACCAGUGGUUUGGAAAUCUGGUGACGAUGAAGUGGUGGAAUGAAGUUUGGCUGAAUGAGGGCUUUGCCUCCUACAUGUCCUACCUGGCGGUGGACAACGCCGAGCCCUCGUUUCAGAUAAAAGACACAAUGAUUAUGAGUGACCUCCAUUCAGCAUUUGAAGAAGAUGCUCUGACUUCAUCCCAUCCUCUCAGCACUCCUCUGGAAGAAGUCCAGACAACUUCUCAGAUCCUCGGGAUGUUUGAUGCAAUAAGCUACAGUAAGGGGGCGAUGGUGCUGAGGAUGCUGGCAGAUUUUGUGGGAGAAGACAAUUUUGACAACGGGAUCAGAGCGUACCUGAAGGCCUUCAAAGGAAAGAACGUGGAGCAGAGCGACCUGUGGGACUUCAUCCAAAGUGUCAGGCAGGAAAAGGGCGUUUUCAGCAUCGGAACAUUGAUGGAAAAGUGGACGACACAAAUGGGUUAUCCUGUCAUCACCAUCAACACAACCAACGGAGAAAUCCACCAGAAACAUUUCCUGUACAACAACUCUGCAGAAUCUGAUCUUUGGUGGCUCAUCCCGAUCAGAUACGCGACAAAGAGCUCUUCUCCUUCUCUUGUCUGGCUGGACGUCAGAGGUCCAGUGAGGAAAGAAGAAUUCAUUUCUAAGAAUAAAGACUGGAUCCUGGCUAACGUCAACUGCACCGGAUAUUAUAGAGUCAAUUACGACCCGGACAACUGGCAGCGCCUCAUGACCCAGCUGGAAACCAACCCAAACCGAAUCCCACUGAUGAACAGAGGGCAGCUCGUCGAUGACGCCUUUAACUUGGCUAGAGCUGAGCUGGUGAAUGUGACUCUGGCUCUGAAUUCAACUCGUUUCCUCCGUCAUGAGACGGCCUACCUCCCCUGGGAGUCAGCGGUCAGGAAUCUGGAGUACUUUGUCUUGAUGUUUGACCGAUCCGAGGUGUACGGACCCAUGCAGGUCUACCUCCGGGAACAGGUCAAAGAGCUCUAUAACUUCUUCAGGAACUACACGGACAACUCGACUGUCCCAGAGGAUCACUCUUUACAACACAACCAGAUCAUUGCCAUCGAUGUGGCCUGUUCCAACGGACUCCCAGAAUGCAUCGAGAUGGCUCGGUCAAAGUUCGCUGGCUGGAUGAAGAGCAACGACACCAACGACAUCCACACCAAUCUGAGGGCUGUAAUCUACUGCCAAGCUGUGGCUGCUGGCGACAAGAAGGAGUGGGAGUUCGCCUGGGAGAAGUUUCAGAGCUCCACCGACACGUCAGAGAAAGACCAGCUAAGAAAAGCUCUGGCGUGCACCAAGAAGACCUGGCUGCUCAGCAGAUACCUGGAAUACACUUUGGACCCUGACAAGAUACGGCUGAUGGAUGUUGCUUCUACGGUUUACUUCAUAGCUCAAAACGCUGCGGGGCAAGCGCUGGCCUGGAACUUUAUCAGAGCCAACUGGGACUACGUCAGUCAGGGUGAGUCAGCUGGACUUAUCAUGGGCGUGACCAGCAGGUUCUCCACGAAGUUCGAACUGGAGGAGCUGAUGCGCUUUGCGACCCAAGCUGAGGAGCACGUUGCUGACAUCGUUAUGAUGCGCGCCGUGGAGCAGACCCAGGUCAACAUCCAGUGGGUCAACGAGAACAAAAACAUCAUCCUGUGGUGGUUUGAGAGAGAAACGGCUAACAUUGAAUAAAUGAAGCCGAAUUCAUUCAUUCGUGGUGCUGAAAGGUUCCAGAUCUGUGGUUUAUAUGGCUCAGAUGGCUUUAACCCAACUCUAGAAGUUUAGUGAUGUUCCUGUAGGAGCCACGCUAGAGCCUGAACAUGCAGGAGGGAGAGGGUGUGUUUAUGUAAAUACUAGUGUGCAUUAUUUAUACAGCACAUUCAGUGCAAACAGCAGGGAAAUAUAUUAAAAGCAUAAUUUCUUCCUAUUUUUUUUAUUAAUUUUGAAUGUGCUGCUCGUCCAACAUGAGUUAAUAAAUGUGUUUAAAUGACAAAUAAAAACUUUUAGAUGCUUUCAUGUUGCUGCUGCUGCCUGUGCAUCAAAACUAACACCAUAUAGAUGUUUUUAGGGUCUAAAACAUCCAAUAAUUCAGUUUGAUUACAUGAAAUAAACAACAUACAUCUAGAUUAACAUAAUAAAUGAAAUAUAAGAAAAGUUAUUUUGUUGGAAUUAUUUUUAAUAAUAAAAUUUGAAUAUUCAAAAAUCAA